AUUUUGACGGGCUGUCAUGUUUCGUCCGAAAGGGUUGACGACAUGUCGUGGUGGUCAUAAAAAAUAAAUGCACUCUCUUGGGUACCGCCGAUAUGCUGUUAGCUGAGUGUUAUUUUGCUUAUGGAAAAUGUAAGAAUGUAUUUAGGAAUGACCUUUUUACAUUAUAGAAAUAAGUACUGAACUUGUUUUUGUAUUGUAUUCCCAUCUGGACUUUCUGUAGAGUUUACCUAGCGUCUGCAAACUCGUCUGUUAGUUAGCCAGUUAGUUAGCAAAAUCGAAUGGUUUGGUGUUGAGGUUGUUCAGAAACUACUUUGAUAAUCGAGUGUAUUAAUGCAACACAGACAUUGUCCCGUUAUCCACAGUUCUCUCAUUUGGAGCAAAUAUUAGCUAGCUCUCUCCACCACAUUAUGCAUUAUAAGUUGACACAAGAAUCGCGAACUUUUAAGGCAGCUAGCUAUAGCUAAAAUAAAUGUGAAGUUAUCGCUUCAGUGGAGAUGAUUAAUGGUUACCCGUGGCGGUCUUUAAUAAAUUAUUGAUGAGGUAAACAACAGAGCUAUUAGGAAAACUUGGUCCAUCAUCAGUAAACGACUCUGAUUAACGGUGAGAUGGCUGACGGUGACGACGAUGUCCCCUUAAUUUUGACCUGGGACGAGGACACAAGCGGUUUGCUGACGGACGACGCAUCUGAAAGACCCGAUGAAAAUGGAGUUGGUGGGUAUGAUGUCAUGAACAACACCACAGCAACGCCAGGUCCCGGGCGGCCUAGUGCCCGGAGCCAGACCUCUCUGCAACAGAGCUGGGAGAUGAACUACCAGGAAGCAGCAAUUUACCUGGAGGAGGGUGAGAAUAACGACAAGUUUUUCACGCACCCGAAGAGUCCGCGUGCGUUGAGUGCGUACCUGUUUGCCCAUAACCACCUGUUCUACCUGAUGGAGCUGGUGACGGGGGUGCUGCUCAUGCUGCUGUCCCUCUCCGAGGCCCCCGCCGUGCCCUCGCUGCGCCUCGACGUCUAUGUCCACGCCACUCUGGAGCUGCUGGCGCUGGUCAUGGUGGCCUUUGAGCUGUGCAUGAAGCUGCGCUGGCUGGGCUUCCACACCUUCAUACGCCACAAGAGGACCAUGGUCAAGACGAACGUGCUGUUCAUCCAGUUCAUUGAAGCCAUCGUGGUUCUGGUCCGGCAGACGUCCCACCUGAGGGUGACGCGGGCCCUCAGACCCAUCUUCCUGGUGGACUGCCGCUACUGUGGCGCCGUGCGCAGAAACCUACGUCAGAUCUUCCAGUCUCUUCCUCCUUUCAUCGACAUCCUGCUGCUGCUCCUCUUCUUCAUGGUCAUCUUUGCCAUCCUCGGCUUUUUCCUCUUCUCCUCUAACCCUGUGGAUCGAUAUUUCGACACGCUAGAGAACAGCAUAGUAAGCUUGUUCGUCUUACUCACAACUGCCAAUUUCCCGGAUGUGAUGAUGCCGGCGUAUUCGCGCAAUCGCUGGUCCUGCAUUUUCUUCAUCGUCUACCUGUCCAUCGAGCUCUACUUCAUCAUGAACCUGCUCCUGGCUGUGGUGUUCGACACCUUCAACGGCGUGGAGAAGAUGAAGUUCAAAUCUCUGCUGCUCCACAAGCGCUCUGCUGUCGAACACGCCUUCCAGCUGCUGGUCAGCCGACAGAGGCCAGACGGCAUUACCCUGAAGCAGUUUGACGGGCUCAUGCGCCACUACCGGCCCAGGAUGAGUGCACGCGACCGCUUCCUGACAUACAAGGCCCUCCACCAAUCAGAACCAACCUCAGACAUGCUCAGUUUGGAAGACUUUUACAAGUUCUAUGAAGUGAUGGGAUUAAAAUGGAAGGCUCGACGGAGCGGGGAGCACUGGUUUGACGAUCUGCCACACACCGCUUUCAUCAUCUUCAAAGGUAUUAACAUCCUGGUGAAAUCCAAGGCUUUCCAGUAUACCAUGUACGUCGUCGUUGCUCUGAACGGAAUAUGGAUAUUGGUUGACACUACACUGUUCAAGAGUGAUUUAUCAUGGCCCAGUGCUGUGCCGUGGAGUUAUGCUGUCUUCCUUACAAUCUAUGCGGUGGAGGUGCUGCUGAAGAUCACAGGCCUCGGACCGCUGGCAUACUUCAGCUCAGGGUGGAACCUGUUUGAUUUCUUUGUGACUGCCCUGGCAUUUCUGGGUUUGAUAUCUCUGGCCUUCAACAUGGCGCCCUUCUACUUCAUCGUGAUCCUGCGGCCCCUGCAGUUGCUGCGAUUGUUCAAAAUCAAACAGAGGUAUCGUAAUGUUUUGGACACCAUUUAUGAGCUCUUCCCACGUAUGGCCAGCCUGGGUCUCACCCUCAUCAUCUUCUACUACUCCUUUGCUAUCGUGGGCAUGGAGUUCUUUGCCGGUGUCAUCCAGCCCAACUGCUGCAACGAGAGCACUGUGGCGGAGUCCUACCGCUACCUCAACACCACUGUUGGCAACCGCACCGUGCUUCAGGACGGCUACUAUUACCUCAACAACUUUGACAACAUCCUCAGCAGCUUUGUGACGUUGUUUGAGCUGACUGUAGUCAACAACUGGUACAUUACCAUGGAAGGGGUGACAUCUGAGACGUCCCACUGGAGUAGGCUCUACUUUAUGACCUUCUACAUCGUCACCAUGGUUGUGAUGACCAUCAUUGUGGCCUUCAUACUCGACGCCUUCGUCUUCAGGAUGAAUUACAGCCGCAGGAACAGACAAGAGGCCCUCGAGGACCCAGAAGAUGAGAAGGGCAUCGUGUUUGAGGUGGAGUUGCGGCGGGCGGAGGCUCUGCAGGCUCUGGAGUUCUACAAGCAGGUGGGGGCCGGCUCCAACAUCAACUCCCUACAGCACAUCUGUCUGGCCCUCGAACGACACCAGAAUUCCUCUGUAGUCUUCCUGGGGCGCCGAUCGCGGACCAAGAGUGAUCUCAGCAUACGGAUGUACCAGGAAGAGAUUCAGGAAUGGUAUACGGAAUUUUCGAGCGGCAACCUUCCGGAGCUGGGAGCUGAGUCUCCUCAGGUCGAGCUAGAGUUUCCAGUCGUCUCAACGCACAGCAUCAACUAAAGGCCAGCUGGAGGUCCAACAACGACCUGUCCUGCACGGGAACCCCCUUGGCCCUGCGCUUUGAUCAGAUACCAGCACUCCACGGACGUAAGGACGAUGUGAUGAGUGCACCAUUCAGUGGGAUAUUAUCGACUAAAUCACUCCCUGUCUUAGCCUGGCGUCUGUUAAUAUUUAGGAAAACCCUUCUCCAACCUUCUCCUCCACAUCUCUCGCCUUCCAGAAGAGUACCUUCCAGUACGUUGGAGGGGUUAAGACCAAAGGGGAAUUCGGUAUCCACUACAGUACAUCACAACUGUUGAAGAUGAGCAGACUUGGCCAGGUAGCAGGCGGGAGUGGACACCAGUGGGCAUCACAGGGUUUAGUGGAGGCUGCAGCUAAAUGUGGAGCAGCAAUAGAGCUCUCUCUCUCCCUAGCUGGCUGACCAGCCACCACAGCAGCAUUACAUGUCUCAUCAAAGCCUAUACAGGGGACUUUAAAAGGCAAAGACACUAAGAAAAGAUGCAAAUCCAUCCAGGACCUUCUCCUGCUGCUGUCUUCACUUGUUUUGCAAAGAGAAUCAAGAGGGAGGUUGGAUACAAGAGCGAAUCAAGAGGCAGGUUGGAUACAACAGCGAAUCAAGUGGAAAUCAGUCCGACUUCCACAGUUUUUUUUUUGCCACGUCAUGCCCCCCACCCCACCCACCCCCAAAAGAUACUCCCCCUUACUGGAUUUAUUGAAGCCUCCAUUGAGGUGAUUGUUCUUCUAUGAUCCUAUUUGGAUCAUGCUGAUGUGUGGAUGAACGAAGCUGUGCUGUUGGAUCCCCCUACAUGUGUUCUGCUCCUGAACAUGAGCUGGUAGGCUGUUUUGACGCAGUAUAUGGGUUUGGGAGCAUAUUCGAAGGGCCUUUGACACUAUAUAUUGCACUGUACAUGUACUUAACAGACCACGCUGCGCUCUGACUCUUACAUUCACUCUCAUGAAUAGCGACUCAUCAUGCUUAACUUCCAGCACUGUAUUUUCUAGGCAUGCACUGAUACUGAUACUGGUAUCGGCGUGUGCCCCGAUACUUGCUCAUUAUACUCAUACUUGUUCUCGUCAAAUACUUGCAGAUACCAGGCACCGAUACUGUUAUUAGAUGAAACAAUGCAACAUCUCGUCACGUUCUGUUGACUUGAAAGCAGCAUGUGGGAAAACCGCCGCCUCAUACAUUUACUCAUAACAUUUACGUAAAUCUUCUGUACAUGGAAAUUGACAAUAGAACAAAUGUCACUGGUGGAAAAAACAA